AUGCACCUGUACGGCCUCCACGAGGGGCGGCGCGUGGGCCCAGUGUCCACCGUGGGCGUCACAGCUCCAGAGGAUGAGGCUGAGACCACCCAAGCAGCACCCACCAUGACCCCUGAGCCCCCCAUCAAGCCUCGCCUGGGGGAGCUGACCAUAACAGACGCCACCCCCGACUCCUUCAGCCUGUCCUGGACGGUCCCCGAGGGCCAGUUUGACCACUUCCUGGUCCAGUACAGGAAUGGGGACGGGCAGCCCAAGGCGGUGCGGGUGCCGGGGCACGAGGAUGGGGUCACCAUCUCGGGCCUGGAGCCAGACCACAAGUACAAGAUGAACCUGUACGGCUUCCACGGUGGCCAGCGUGUGGGCCCCAUGUCUGCCAUCGGGGUGACGGGUGAGUGGACGGUGGGAGCCCCAGGGUGGGAGCUGUGGGAGGGUCACCCUCCUGCUCUUUGGUGAUGACUGGUGGGGAAUGGUGGCAGG